AUGGAUCGAAGCUGGAUGAAUGAGCGUCGCAUAAGUGAAGAGUAUGAAAAGGGGGUUUCUGAGUUUUUGCAAUAUGUUAAAGAACACGCAAUCUCAAGUAACGGGACAUAUUUUUGUCCUUGUGUUCGUUGUCUUAAUCAAAUACGUCAUGACUUAGGAACAAUGCGUGAUCAUCUAUUCAUCUUUGGUAUAAUGAGAAGUUAUACACUUUGGACUUGGCAUGGAGAAGUAUUAGACAAGCCUACAACGUCACGAGGAACAGAUUAUGUAGACGACUGGAUGAAUGAUCAUUUAGAAGAUAUGGUACGUGAUGUUGGGGAGGAGAAUUUUGGAAAAGUUCAUUUAUAUGAUUCUCUUAAGUCCGAUUCAGAGGAACAAUUGUACCCAGGAUGCACUAAAUUUACGCGACUGUCAGCAACUUUGAAAUUAUUCAGUUUAAAAGCAAGGCAUGGAUGGACGGAUACAAGUUUCACAGAAUUGUUGGAGUUGUUAAAGGAGAUGCUUCCAGAAAAUAACACGUUACCUAUCCGUAAUUACGAAGCGAAGAAAGUUUUAUGUCCAAUGGGUUUGGAAUAUCAAAAGAUACAUGCAUGCCCAAAUGAUUGUGUUUUAUACAGAGACGAGUUUGCUUCAAUGAAGGCGUGUCCAACAUGUGGUUUAUCGCGGUUUAAAAAGAAAAUUGAUGGAAAUAGUGGCGAUGAAGACAAAGAUGGUCCACCUGCUAAGGUGAUGUGGUACCUUCCUAUAAUUCCUAGAUUCAAACGACUAUUUUCCAUUAAAGAAGAUGCAAAAAACCUGAAAUGGCACGUUGGUGGAAGAAAGUGUGAUAAUCUUCUUCGACACCCAGCUGAUUCUCCACAAUGGAAGAAGAUUGAUGAAACAUUUCCAGAAUUUGGUGCUGAGCCAAGAAACUUAAGACUUGGACUUGCUACAGAUGGUAUGAAUCCUUAUGGGAACUUAAGUAGCAAACAUAGUUCAUGGCCAGUUUUGCUGAUGAUUUACAAUUUAUCUCCUUUGUUGUGCAUGAAUAGGAAAUAUAUGAUGUUGUCUAUGAUGAUAUCGGGUCCUAGACAACCUGGAAAUGACAUUGAUGUGUACCUAAAGCCGUUGAUCGAUGAUUUGAAACUAUUAUGGGAAGAAGGUGUCGAUGUGUAUGAUUCAUAUUCUCAAGAAUUGUUUUGUUUGCGUGCAAUGUUGUUUUGCACCAUAAAUGAUUUUCCAGCAUAUGGAAACUUGAGCGGUUACAGUGUUAAAGGUCAUUUUGCAUGUCCCAUUUGUGAAAAAAACACAAGUUAUAUUCAAUUGAAGCACGGUCAGAAAAUUGUGUAUACAAGACAUCAAAAGUUUCUUCCUCGAAAUCAUCCUUAUCGUAGAAUGAAAAAAGCAUUUAAUGGAAGUCCUGAGGAUGAAGUUGUAGCGAGACCCCGUAAUGGUGAAGAAAUAUACAACCAAGUGGAAAACAUUGACAUUGUGUUUGGGAAACAUCCAAAGAAAAAGACCACGGAGAAAAGUAUUUGGAAGAAACGAUCAAUCUUCUUUAAUCUUCCAUAUUGGUGUAAACUUGAUGUACGACAUUGUAUAGACGUGAUGCACGUUGAAAAAAAUGUAUGUGAUAGCAUCAUCGGGACUUUACUAAAUGUAAAAGGAAAUACUAAAGAUGGAGUUAAAGCACGACAAGAUUUGGCUGAAAUAGGCAUCCGUUCUGAGUUACAUGCACAAUCAAUUGGAAGACGAACCUACCUGCCUCCAGCUUGUCACACUCUUUCUAGAAAAGAGAAGCAAAUUUUUUGUGAGUGUUUAAGAAGUGUGAAGGUUCCGCAAGGUUACUCUUCAAAUAUUAGUAGCCUUGUUUCUAUGCAAGAUUUAAAGUUAGUCGGUUUAAAGUCUCACGAUUGUCAUGUGUUGAUGCAACAACUUUUACCAGUAGGUUUUCGAGCCAUCUUACCUACUUCUGUCAGAGGUAUUCUAACACGUUUGUGUAUGUUCUUCAAUGCCAUAUGCAAGAAAGUUAUUGACCCUCGAGUGUUAGACGAUUUGGAAAAUGAGGCCAUUAGACUAUUGUGUCAAUUGGAAAUGUAUUUUCCACCUUCAUUUUUCGAUAUCAUGGUUCAUUUGAUAGUUCAUCUUGUGAGGGAAAUUCGAUUAUGUGGGCCAGUUUUCUUGAGAUGGAUGUACCCAGUGGAAAGAUACAUGAAGAUCUUAAAGGGAUAUGUCAAGAAUCAGUAUUGA